AUGGCUGCACAGAGUGUUGAUGAUGUGAUAGUAUGUCUGAUGUCAAUGGGGUUUGACUGGCAGGAUGCACAAGAUGCCAUUCAGUCUGGGAAGAUCACAGUGGAAACUGCUGUGGAAUGGUUGAUUGCUGGAAAACCAGGAUUUCAAAAAGUCUCAGAAGCAGCACCAAGUCUUAAACUUCGACAGGAUGGAUCAGACUUCGAAGAAGGCACAAACCCAUUUGUUAGUUCAGCAUCUAAACCAAUUGAUCCUGCUACCAUUGAAGAACAGGAAAUCAACCAAUCAGAUGGACAAGGUCAAAGUUCAGUUCAUGAUGAAACCCAAUCGGUACUCAGCCGACUCCAUUUAAGUGAGGAACAAAGAAAGGCUAAGCAAAGAUUUGAGAUGAAGCAGAUGGACGAAGCCAGACAAGCAGCAUUAAAAGAUAAACAGAGAAGGAAGAGGGAUCAUGCAAGAGUCUUAAAAGAGAUAGCAGAUGAUAGAGAGAAGCAGAAAAUGUUUCAUCAAGGAGGAGGGACAGCAGAAAGUGCCCCCACUGAGAAGAGUCCUGGUCAGGACAGCACACCGGUGGAGAAGACUGCUACAACCCCCACUCCCUCGGGGGGCAAAUGUCUGCUACAGAUCCGAAUGACAGAUGGCGGGUCUGUACGUCAGUCCUUUGCUGCCUCAGCUGGACUGAAAGAAGUGUGGCAAUUCGUACAAACACAUCAGAAGAAAUGCCUCCAGGGAAUGUGUUUAAUCCAGCCAUUUCCUCAUAGAGAGUUUGGGGAAGUGGACAUGGAGACAUCUUUACAUGACCUUGGCCUCACACCAUCAGGGUCAUUGGUAUUGAGGAAGAUCGAGAAAAAAGAAACAGCAACCAGAAUGACAGAUUCUUCAGAAAUGGAUACAGAGGAAGCUGAGGGUGCUACAGGAUUAAACAGAUUUAGUAACUUAACCUACGGAACACCAGGGGCCAAAGGAGGCUCAACAGGGCUCAGGUCCCAAGGGGGUAAAGGCCCACCUCCAAUUUUGCCCCCGACCUUCGGUGCUGAUGGUGGGGGCGGUGGCUUUGGAGGGCCACAAAACCCACCUGCUGGAAUGCCACAGAUGCCACCCAUUAUGGGAAUGAACCCAUUAGGCAUGCCUGACAUUGUACCAGGGCCAUCACAGUCCUGGGGUCAAGGUCAUGUCCUUGGACAAGAAAACAAUCAACAGGUUCUGCCAAAUUUAGGUGAAGAUGUUGCACCAGAUGAAGAUGCUGAAAUUGAUGAGGGACCAGAUGUUGUCCCAGGACUGGGUCAGUUUGGUCAGGGAUUUGGUGGUGGAGGAGGAGGUGGUCUACCUUGGGGUAAUGACCUAGGACUGGGUUUUGGAGGAGGUGGUGGCCAUGUCCAUGCUGAUGAGGCUUUCCAGGGUGUUGGACAGCGUCUUGUCCCAGAGGGACACCCACAACUGGAGGAUAACCAGAACAAGUCAGCACGUGAGAUGGCAUCUCAGAAAGCAAGAGAGAGAUAUGCCCAGCCUGUAGCAGCUCCUUCCAAACCUGACAACCAGGGGGAGGUAACCUUGUCACCCCUCUUCACUGUCCAGCCACUGUUCUCACACUGCCUGUGUCAUGUCUCCAGGCGACUCAAGGACCCACGAAGCCAUCUUCAUUCCCUUGGUGGUCUGUCAGAGAGCUUGGCCCAGAGACUUCUAGAAUACCUCAUAAAAAACAAACUACUAACAUCGAAGAUACUCAAUGCUUUCAUCCCAUGUUACCUGCGAAAGUUAAUCUUUGAUUGUUAUCCAUACACCUCCAAUGAGCUGCUGAUGUCGGUGAGGUUUCAUACUCAUCUUGCACACCUUAGUCUUCGAGCAUGUCCUCUUAUCACAGACGCUGGUCUCAGACCCCUCGUUGUCUUAAAGAAAUUGAAACACCUUGAUUUGAGCAGUUGUAAGCAGAUCUCAAACAAAUGUCUAGCUGUUAUAAUGGAGUAUAAGUGUCUGACAGCUUUGUCACUAGAGGAGACAGGCGUCACAGAUUCGGGCAUGAUGGAGUACCUGUCAUUCUCUCCCACCUGUUUACAACACCUUAAUCUCAACAAAACACAGGUUACAGAGAAACUAAUACCACACCUUAAAGAUUUGCCAGCCCUCAAAAGUUUGUAUUUGGAACAUACACAGGUUAGUGGAUUGUCUGGGUUACAGGAUCUCAACCACCUGGAGACAUUGGAUGUUGCCCACACAUCCAUAGUCACUGACUCCAUGUUAUGUGUGUGUCACAGUGAGACACUUCAAUGUCUGGGUAUAUCACACACAGAAAAUAUCCACGGUGACCAGGCUCUACAAUAUAUCCAAGAUCUAAGGCUCCAUGCACUCAACUUACCAAGCAGGGUGACGACCACAGACCGGGGAAUGUCAUUUAUUACAAAUUUUCAGUUAACUACAUUAGAUUUGACAAAUUAUAUCAAUGUUGGUGAUGAGGGAAUGUCACAUGUUGGUAAGAUAUCUAGUUUGCGGCGAUUACUUCUUGUCAAUACAAAGAUAACAGACCAGGGAAUGUUGUUUUUAGAAGGCCUACAACACCUUGAAGUUUUAUACCUUGACAAAACCAAUGUAUCUGAUCAAGGAGCUGCUGUGAUAAAAAGUUUUACAGGCCUGAGGGAGCUAAGUCUUUCAUCCACAUGUAUAACAAGUGAAUUUCUCAAAGAAGGCACUCUGAACCGAUGUAUCAAUCUAACCAAAGUCAACCUGAGCCGGACAGGUGUGACAGAGAGAGGUGUGCAGCAUAUCCAGAUUCCUAAUUUGGUGCUUCUUAACCUUGAUGGAACUCGUGUUCGGCCAUCCAUUGAAGAAACACUUCACAUCUCCUGUCCAACUCUGAAGAAAGUUACUCUCACCAACCUACUGCCAUACAAUCCAAAUGAAGACGAGGACUGAAGUUUCCGUAACUUCAAGACAAUCUAUGUAUAAUGACAAGAAAACAUGAUUGACAUGUGAGACUUGAUACGUUCAUGUGUGUUUACAACUAAGUGACAGAGAAAUCCAGUGCUCUGAAAGAUAUAACACCUCACGUCCAUGCUGAAACAAUUCAAAAGCACUAUUUCAGGAAGUAAGACACGGUCAAAAAAUUUCACAAUCAUCCCAGUUCUCUGCAAUCUAAAGUCAUUGUGAACACUUGCAUUGAAAUGACACCGAAAUUGAAGAGAGAAAUCUGGAUCCAAUUACAUGUUUUCUCUUUAAGUUACAUGAGAUAACUUUUUUUGAAUUUAAGCUUUUGGACGGGAGGUCUUCAGCAGUGGACAUAUUUUAACCGAUUGGAAACGGUGGAUUUGAAAGGCAUUCGUCUUUGAUUUUGAGAGUAGGAUUACUAAGGCUAUUUCACAGCAAUGACAUCAUUUUCUUUCUCAGACUAAAUAUACAUUUGUUCUUAUUUACCAGUAGCCUUUUUUGGGCUAGUUCACAGGCAUCAAGUUUCACACAAGUUGAUGAACUAGUGCAUUUAUAUAAAAUAUGUUCAUGUAUAUAGGCAUUAUGUCUGUUUUCAUUCACCGGUAUAGAUGAAAUGUUCGCUGUGCAUUUACUUUUGUGCUAUUUCUAUUGACAGUGAAUAUAAUGUUAUCCAAUUCUCUCCGAUAAUUACCAACUAUAUAGCAGUGUAUAUGUAAAGAAUUUGUAGGAAAAAAUUCUCACUUUUACUGACUAUUGACCUAUUUAUCAAUAAAACAAUUCAUGGAAAGAAAAUAUUCCAUGCAGAUCUUACACUCUC